AACGAUUGGCCAUCGGUGAUCGGUCCUGUGGGAACAAUGCUCCGUCCUCUCGAGGACGCGUGGUCAAUGGUCUAACCGCUAAGGCAUGCAAAGCAUAAGAGUACGCCCCCCCCCCCCCCCCCCCCCUCCUCUCGCCGACACCACCGCGUGAACCCGUAGCAUGGACGCGUGGGACGAGACGUACGGUGUUUACACCCUGGAUGAGGCGGAAGGAACCUUCAAUGACGAUUUCCACACCUUCGGCUUGUACUGGGACGAGAACGAGAUGUACACGUACAUCGACGAUGACUCGAACCGUGUGCUGACGGUAGACUUCGGAGAAGGGUCGGGCGAGGACGGUUUCUGGGAAAAGGGGGGCUUUGAGGAGCGGUUCCCAGGGGUCGAGAACCCGUGGAAGGGGGCGAAGCCCAUCGCGCCGUACGACCAGAAGUUCUACGUCGUGAUGAACGUAGCCGUGGGCGGAGUUUCGGGAUUCUUCCCCGACGGAGUGGGAGGGAAAAUGUGGGACAACAAGGACAGCGACGCCGCCAUGAAGUUUCACGAGGCCACGCACGACUGGCACAGCACCUGGGACGGCAAGGGUUCCGCGCUACAGAUUGAAUCCGUCAAGGUCUGGCAGACGAACGCCGACUACUUCAUGGACGCCCGCGCCGCCGCCGGUGCCGGCGCCAUCGCCUCCUCCGGGGACAACUCGGGGUCUCCCCCUCCUUCGUUCGUGGCAGAGGAUGACGCGGGGUCAUCUGGAGGCGGCGGUGGUGCGGCAAUGCUGUACGUCGGGUGUUCGCUCUUGGGAGGCGUGCUGGGAGGAGUGGCGGUGGGGUGGUGGCUGGGCAACAGGGACUCGCGGAACCGGUCCAGGGUGUACGAGAGGAUCAACGGCAGCGGCACCGCGCCGCCGGCGCUGUAGAAGCAGCGUGAAGUCUUACUUUACCGCACGGAACAGAUUUUAGCGGCGGCAGCAGCAGCAGCAGGUGUUUGGUUCUACAUCAAAAUGCAGCAGCGUGUCUAUCUUACUAUUCCAUAGACGGACCAGAUUUUAGUGAUGAUGCACCCGGAAUGGUCGCAGUAUUGGUGAGUGACGAAAGCGACGCCCUCCCUAUGGAAGAGGCCGCAGCUAGAGCAGCUGCAGGAGGCGGUGUGUGUUUUUGGCUGGGACAGGGAAAAGGGUACGGGAGUUGCACGUGCUCACUCGUGUUGAGUUAGAACUUGUUUUUCAGCAACUACAAUCAGAUUUGUUCACAAGCAGUGCUGUUGCUCUUGAGAGAGAUAGGGGCACCGCGAGAGUGGGUAGAAGCGAGUGUUUGUGUAAGUACGGAGGGUGGUGGUGUGACUUGACCGGUUCUGUGGGGUUUUGGUGCGCCCUCCUCCUCCUUCCCGUUCCCACCCUCUGAAUGGACAGGGACGCCACGAAGCGCCUAGAUAGCUUGCUAGAGCGAUAGUUGGUAAGUUAGAGGAGUUGCAUUGAGACCACAACAAAGGAUAUGUUCUUCAAGCCUACGACGACGAUUCAUUGCCCCGGGGUGUGUGACGAACGUAGGGGGGGGCACUUGUGGGGUAGGGUAAGGGAUUAUGGCGGGCGCGCGUGUGCUUCCUCCUUUCUGCGUGGUAGCUUUUUGCGAAGGAGAUUUGUGGACUAAACUAUCUCGUGUAUGCUGUCAGUCUGUUGUUGAAAAUUCAUGGUUUUGGGAGAAGACGGGGGAAGGACAGUGAACGAGGUCCCGGGGAAAGAUGCAGAGAGAAAAAUCUCGGUUUCGAAAAAUAGCAAAGUACUUGUAGCGAAAACUACUUCCAGAUAUAUCGGAUACACGUAGGCCCAAAUCCCUUUCACGAAAAGAUCACGUUGCUGUUUUGGGGCGAUAUUUCCUCUGUAAAACUGCUGGUCUCUUGGGUUGGUGUUGACACGUGCUAGCCUCUCGCUUGCUUUUGCCUUGCGGGUUGACAGCUGUGCACACGGGCGUAUCCACGUGAGGUUAGUCAUGGAGUUGCAGGAGGGGGGCGGGGCUCGUUGUGGUAAAGGGUGCCGGGGGUGUACCUCUUCCCCCCCCCUGGAAAACGGGCUGGCUUGCACUCCUCGUGGUACAUAGUUGUAGGUCGGUAACGGUAACCUAGAACUCGGCAGGGGGUCUUAGUGUGGUCGAGUGCCGUGAUACCGAUGACAUCCGUGGAUAGUUUUGAGGUCGAACGCAUGAGGGAGUACAAUAGAACGGUGUAUGCGUUCGUUGUUUCAGGCAUUCGUUCAUCCCAGCGGUCGGUGGCGUUGGUGAUGUCUCCUGCCACCGCGCGCGCUUGCCGAGCGGUAUGGACGAUUUGGUAGUGUGGUGACUGACGUCGCCCUGCUCUGUGAAAGAAAUCUUAAACCACAAGAAGUCGACUUGGUUUUUG